CGUACUCCCGCCAGCCUCUCUGUGACCCUAUACGCUCUCUGAUUGCACACACAAUCCGCAUGCUGUGUCUCCUCGUCCUCGUCCUGGCGUUUAGCGCCGCUGUCACCGCCAAAAUCGAACCCUCGCAGCACGCAGAAGGCUCGAACUCCACCUCACAACUACUGCAUCUGACCCUGACACCACACCUGGAACACCUCGUCCACCCUCCGACGGCGCAGCAGAUGUCCCCGCACUCGGAGGAGACAUCGACAUCGCCAGCGAUCGCGAAUCCCCUGGCGGAGCUCGCACUAAGAAACCAGGAAGCGGAGGACGAGCCACUGGAGGUCCAACAGCCGGAGUCAUGCAUCCAUGGCGUGGCGGCAGAACCCUGUCCGCUCAUGGACGUGCGGCGCCGCUGCGGCACCGCGGUGCCCAUCGGCAUCGACCGCGCGCUGAACUACACCUUCCUCCAAGCGCGCUUCACCCUCGUUGGGGACAACUUCACUUUGACCAUGGGCUUCCAGGACAAGGAGGGGAAGACGGUGCCGCUGAACGGGACGGAUGUCGCUGCCUUCUCAGACAUCCUCGUGCAGCAUGGAUGCAGGCGGCGUUGGAGAGGGCUGGUGAAGUGGGCUGGGGAGAUGCUGUGUGCGGGGCUCUUUGCGUAUUUUGUCACUAAGAUCAUGAACUAUCUGCCGAUUUGGGGUAUGUUCCAGUGAGUCUGAUGUACGUACUAUUUGGUUUCUC